UUAUAUUAUGCAGAUUUGUUUUCCAGGAGACCUGUAGAUAUUGUAAAGAAGACUGGAAGGAACAUUUUGGGAAGCGAUGUGAAGAAAUUGAAAAGAAGGAUGAAGUUAGUCUACGAAUUAAAUUUGAGGAGAAGAUGGCCAUGGCCAAAAUUCGAACCUGUCACCGAUGUAAGGCUAAAUUUAUGAAGGAGGAGGGAUGUAAUAAGAUGACCUGUAAAUGCGGUGCUUCCAUGUGUUAUGUCUGUCGUAAACCGGAUAUAAGCUACAAACACUUCUGUCAACAUUUGAGAGAACCGAAGAAACCAUGUGACAAGUGUAAUGAUUGCUUCUUGUGGAGUAAGGCAGAGGAGGACGAUGAGAGAGCAAUAGCUGAGAUUAGGAAGGAAUGUGAAGUUCUCAGGAUGGAGAAAGGAUUUUCAUUGGAUAGAGUCGUUGGAGCCCCUGAUGAGCCUCCAGCCAAGAAAAUGAAGGUCAAAUGAGGGCCAAUCAACUGUCAGAGAGUUCACAGCAGCUCCAGCCAAUGCUGUGGAACAUACUCAUGUUGUGUUUGAACUUGUCAUUGCAUUAAAUUGAACAUGAUGGUUGAAUAAGAUAUUCAUUGACAAAUUAAUUGAAAGUGUCUGUCCACUAAAUCUGAAAAACAGUUCCAAGAGAGAAUUUUGGUUUUAAAAAUAAUUCUGUUGAACAGUGAUCGCUUUAUUUGUUCCUCAGUAUUUGAUUUUUUUCUUGAGUUAAUUGUUGAUGUAAAAUAUUCUGACUAGACAUUUAAGAACUCUUAAUUCUUACAAGUGGCAAUAUUCAACAAUAAGUGUUAACACAGGUUUUCUACAACCUGGGAGGUGCAAGCUUGCAAUGACAAGGUUAAGUGGGUCAGUAAGAUAUUAUAUUAAAUAACUCAUAAACCUCAUAAACCCACUGAUUAACUGCUUGUAAGUGUAGCUGGACUUCCACUUGAUGCAAUAUAUAAAUCUGGCUGGUAAAGUUGAAGGCCAAAGAGGCUUGAGCUUAUGUGCAAUCUUGAUUUAGAUGAUUCAUUUUUAGCUCACCUGAGUCAAAGGUGAGAUUUUCUGAUCCAAGUUUAUCUGUUUACCUUGUAGUAAUCAUUACUGUAAUGUGAACUAUUCACGAUUUUGUCUUCUUCUACAGAACUACUGGUCCAAUUUCAACCACACUCUCCAAAAAGCAGGGUUAAGGGGAUUCUAUUUUUCUUUUCAAAUCAAGAGUUAUGUUUUAUUUCAAGGGGAGAGAAUUUUAGAAUAUUGAUUAUUUAGUAGGUUCAUUUAAAAUUUUCUUCUCAAGAAUGAAUUAGCCGGAAAAGAUAAAACUUAUGUGUAAGAUUCCUGACAAAGACUUGAGUUAAUUUGUUCAAAUCAAGGCCCAUAGAAUUCAACUGUAUAAAUCCAAACUUAAUGCAGAUUUAAGUCUGUUUAAAAACUUCAGGAUAAAGGGAAGGUGUGAAAUUUUUGAUAACAGCAGGGCGAAGGAUAUUUGUAAGAAAGCAUUUGUAGAUAUUGCAGAAUUAAGUUUGUUAAAAUCUUGGCCCUCUGGGAUAGGUUGGGUCAACAUUUAGGGAAUAGUAGGGCAACAUUCCUAUGGAAACAUUUAUGUGGAAAAUAUUUAUAUGAAAACAUUCUAAAGUUGUAUGAAUUAAUUUUUUUAUCAUUUAUUUAAAAUAAUGGAUCCUUUGUUGUCAGAGAAAAGAGCCAAAGCAAUUGUUAUCUUAUUCUUGUUUACCUCAUCUGCGAACAUUGAAGCCAUGUAGUCAAAAUAAUAUUGAAGCAUCCCCAAAAGUGUUCAUUCAUUAUUCAGUUAUAUACAUGUAUAUGUUAUACCAAAAUACUUUGAGGUGAGGAUGAAACCACAAUGUGGGAUAAGAAUUUUCUUUUAAUUUGUUUAAAGAUGAAAUUUUCUUUUUUAUUAAACCUUGAGAUGAAAAACUGGUGGGCUAAGGUGACUCAGGUGAGCUUUGUGACCCAGGGGUCUUGUUUUCUAGUCAUGUUGCUCUUUACCCAUUCUUUGUUAAUUGUGACUGGGGGUUAGGUGUAUUUUUUAUAUCCAGUCCUUUGUUUUGUGACUGUUAUUUCUUCCUGUUAAAUUCUUAUCAAAUAAAGUUCCUCCUUUUUGGUGAUAAAAUCUAACUAGAAAAGAAGAUUGCAGUGAUUCCCAAAUCUUAUUAGCCAGAGAGUGAUUGGAUGAUGAGCAAAAUCAAUGUUUGCUUGCUCUGACUUCAUUACAGUUCUUUAUGUGUUUUUCUCUAUUGUUGGACAAUCAAGAACAUUACAUUUAGGCACAGAAAAAUUCGGAGGGAAUGUUUUUUUUUUCUUUUUAAAAGAACUUUUUAGAUUUUUAAAAUAUUCUAUUAAAAUAUGAAAAAUAAUAUUAUUGUUCUCUUAACCUUGGUUGAAAAAAUUUUCAGGAUAAAAUUUUGUUAUCUGGGUAUUAU